AUGGUGCAGAAAGCUUACGGGGACUCUACUAUGUCUCGAACACAGGCAUUCGAGUGGUAUAAAUCAUUCAAAGAGGGUCGUGAAGUGAUCGAAGAUUUGCCUCGUUCUGGACGUCCAUCAACAUCAAAUACCGAAGAAAAUGUGGCAAAAAUCAAGAAAAUUGUGCUGGAUGAUCGUCGUAUGACUGAAAGGGAGAUUGCUCGUGACUUAAACAUCUCAAAUGGAUCCGUUCACCACAUUCUACAUGAUAUAUUGGGCAUGAGAGGCGUUGUAGCUCAACUUGUACCGAAACACCUUAAUUUUUUGCAAAAAGAAUACCGAAAGAACGUGUGGAAUGGAAACGACUCUACAUUCAUGGAACUCAUCAUAACAGGUGAUAAGACUUGCGUUUAUGAGUAUGACGUCGAAACCCAGUCAACAAUCGAGCGAAUGGCUCUUCGAAAAUGA